UAUUUUCAAAGUUUGCUUAUCAAACAUUUCCUCACUUUAAUAGCGCAGCAUACUUGAGUGAUGUUGGUGACCAACGUCCAUCCCUUCAGGACCACAGUCUACCCAACAGUCUAACCCUACAGAAAAAGAGGGUGAUCCUAUUGUUCUCUUUAAAUGAGAGCCUUCUUAACACCACUGCCCGCUCCUCUUACUUAGAAGUAAGUCGGCUGCGGAUUUGUUAAGUCAAAUAUUCACUCACUUCACCUGUAAUCUCGCAGCCAGUGGUAUGGUCAAAUGCCAAAGGUUGUCCUGUCUUGGCAAACACCCAAGUGGACUUCGCAGUGCACAGGCAUGGGAGCCACUUUAGCAUACUUUCCCCCGUUGAGCUUGCAGGGCACAUUGUCACACUGCAGAAGAAAGCAACGAUGACGUUUGAGAACGUUCUCGCCGAUAUUGGCGGAUUUGGCAAAUUCCAGAUAAUGAUCGUCGCGAUCAACUUCCUCGGACGCUUCACACUUCCCUGCCACUUCGUGCUGAACAAUUUCAUUGCAGCAACUCCGGCUCACCACUGUGACACCAGCUCUUUGGGAGAUUUCCUGAAUCUGUCUCAGGCGGAGAGGAUGGCCGUGACCGUCCCAGUCGAGAGGGAUGGGAGUGUGAGCUCCUGUCGGAUGUUUGCGAAGCCUCAGUAUCACCUGUUGCUUAACUCCUCUGACGUUUCUGAUGCCGCCGCCGUGCCAUGCCAGAAUGGAUGGGUGUACGACAACACCACCUUCAAAUCAACUAUAACCUCGGAGUGGGACCUUGUGUGCGACAGAAGAGGGAAAAAUAAAGCAACAGCCACAAUCUUCUUUGUCGGAGUAAUGUUUGGAGCCAUAACCUUUGGAAGUCUGAGUGACAGGUUUGGCCGCAGGAUCAUGCUCCUGGUGUCGUAUGUGUCCGGCAUGCUGUUUGCUGUGGCAAGCGCUUUCUCCACAACCUACGUCAUGUUUGCAGUGUUGAGGUUCUUCACUGGCUUCUGCAUCACUGGCAUUGUCAUCGUCUCAUCCGCGCUCAAUGUGGAGUGGGUGGAUAUUGAGCACAGGAAGCUGGUGGGAGUCAUCGAUAGUUUAUCCUGGAGUUUUGGCCUAGUAAUAUUUUCAGGCAUCGCCUACUUGGUGACUGACUGGCGUUGGCUGGUUCUCAGCGUGACCUCACCUUUAAUCAUGAGCAUUAUCACUUGGAGGUGGUUGCCAGACUCCGCAAGGUGGCUCAUUGCCAAUGGAAGAUUGGAGAAGGCUCAGAUGUACCUGAAGAAAUGCGCAAAGAUGAAUCAAAGAGAAGAUUCGAUUCACACACUUCAAGCAGAGACAUUAUCCACCAUUGUAGUGAGGGAGACGAAAGGCCGAACUUAUACCUACCUUGACUUGAUCCGAACACCUAAGAUGAGGAAACUAGCACUGCAAACUGGUUUAUUAUGGUUUUGUGUGGCAACAACAUUUUACGGUAUCAGCUUCAACAUCACCGGCUUUGGCUUGAACAUCUACCUUACUCAGUUUACCUACGCUUUAAUAGAGGUGCCAGCCAAGCUUUCGAUUUAUUAUUUCCUAGAUAAAAUAGGCAGACGCAACACUGAGGUAGGAGCUCUGUUGUUAGCGGGUCUCUGUCUUGGAAUCAACAUUGUGAUACCAAAAAGUAUACCUGUGGCUCGAACAGUUGUUGCAGUUUUUGGGAAGGGGUUUUCCGCUGCCUCCUUUGGUACAGUCGGCCUGUACAGCUCUGAGCUGUAUCCAACUGUAGUUAGGCAGAAUGGAAUGGGCUACAACUCCUUCAUGGCUCGGUUUGGGGUCGCUGUGUCUCCUUUGAUUCUGUUACUGGACGAGGUCUGGAAGGACCUGCCCCAGGUGGUCUUGUGCUCAACAGCUGUACUGGGAGCGCUGGUGGCGAGGACGUUGUCAGAGACACGCAACAGAUGUCUGCAUGAGACCAUUGAAGAUAUUGAAGGAGAGCCCAACCAGUGUAGCAACAACAAAAAGUCAUCAGAAUGAGUGUUUGUUUUUUGGUCAAUGGAAAAUACAAAUUGCCAGUUUUGACAGCCGGAUUUGUGUUAACUUAGUGAUAUGGUUUAUUUAGAGAAGUGAAUGUGAUUAGAAGUUUUGAAGUAGGUUUUACUUGGUAUAAA